AUGUCGGCAUUCAGUUGGAUAUUUUCAAGCACACAGACACGCAGGAACCGCUGCAACAAGCACGAAAUGUGGUUAGUUGCGAAAAACAGUUCCCUGCUGUCGCCUGAUCUGACGCUGAUCAUUUUACAUAUUGCCUUAAGAAAUUUAAGGGUGUUGGGGUCCAUCGGGCCGAGAACCUCGAUACAUAUUGGCAGGAAUUCCAUUGAGGGGAGGGCGUUCCCAUAUUUUUUCAUUUACUCGUCCGCUGUCCUGGACGCGGCCAAACCGCAUUCUUUACUUGUCAGGUUUACAUAUCGUUCGGCGAGGGUGCCAGGGACCGUAACAUCCCACGCCAAACAUCUGCCGGCUCUCCAAGGUAUUAGUGUGCCAUCAUGCGCAGAAAUGCCGAUGGUUCCUUGA